AUGGAGGCGCUGCGGAGGGUCCAUGAGGCCGCGCUCCGGCUGCUGCUGUGUGGCCCCUGGGUCUCGGGCUCCACCUCCGGCCCGAAGCCCCGAGCCUCGGAGGUGCUGACGCGGCACCUGCUGCAGCGGCGCCUGCCGCACUGGACCUCCUUUUGCGUACCCUACAGCGCAGUCCACAACGACCAGUUCGGCCUCUCGCACUUCAACUGGCCCGUGCAGGGCGCCAACUACCACAUCCUGCGCACUGGCUGUUUCCCUUUCAUCAAGUACCACUGCUCCAAGGCUCCCUGGCAGGACCUGGCCGGGCAGAACCGGUUCUUCACGGUGCUCAAGGUCAUCAACCUCGGAAUUCCAACUUUAUUGUAUGGACUUGGCUCCUGGCUAUUUGCAAGAGUCACUGAGACUGUGCAUACCAGUUAUGGACCAAUAACAGUUUAUUUUCUAAAUAAAGAAGAUGAAGGUGCCAUGUAUUGA